AUGGAGCUCUUACAGCUGUCUUGCACACACCAAUCAGGAGAGUUCAAAGUGACGUCAAUGCCGCCAUGCUCCAGAAGUGUUCACUUCCCUAAUGUGUUGUCGACCACCUGGGCAUACAGUCGACCACCUGGGCAUACAGUCGACCACCUGGGCAUACAGUCGACCACCUGGGCAUACAGUCGACCACCUGGGCAUACAGUCGACCACCUGGGCAUACAGUCGACCACCUGGGCAUACAGUCGACCACCUGGGCAUACAGUCGAUCACCUGGGCAUACAGUCGAUCACCUGGGCAUACAGUCGAUCACCUGGGCAUACAGUCGACCACCUGGGCAUACAGUCGACCACCUGGGCAUACAGUCGAUCACCUGGGCAUACAGUCGACCACCUGGGCAUACAGUCGACCACCUGGGCAUACAGUCGAUCACCUGGGCAUACAGUCGAUCACCUGGGCAUACAAUCGACCACCUGGGCAUACAGUCGAUCACCUGGGCAUACAGUCGACCACCUGGGCAUACAGUCGACCACCUGGGCAUACAGUCGAUCACCUGGGCAUACAGUCGACCACCUGGGCAUACAGUCGAUCACCUGGGCAUACAGUCGAUCACCUGGGCAUACAGUCGACCACCUGGGCAUACAGUCGACCACCUGGGCAUACAGUCGACCACCUGGGCAUACAGUCGACCACCUGGGCAUACAGUCGACCACCUGGGCAUACAGUCGAUCACCUGGGCAUACAGUCGACCACCUAGGCAUACAGUCGACCACCUGGGCAUACAGUCGACCACCUGGGCAUACAGUCGACCACCUGGGCAUACAGUCGACCACCUGGGCAUACAGUCGAUCACCUAGGCAUACAGUCGAUCACCUGGGCAUACAGUCGAUCACCUGGGCAUACAGUCGACCACCUGGGCAUACAGUCGACCACCUAGGCAUACAGUCGAUCACCUGGGCAUACAGUGUUCAAUGA